AUGCUUCUCCGACUCCGUGUACUACUAUCUCUCUUAACUACUUUUACCUCUCUCCAUACCUCGACGUCUCUAGCCUCUUGCCACUCCUACUACGACUCCACCAACAUUCUACUCGAAACUGCUCGUGUGUGUUUAACUUUUCUCUACCCUCACGCCUCGAACCUCGCUCGCUGGCGCUCCGACGCAUCCGACUACAACUACCGCAGACCUGGGCCUCUCAACUCCGCCUACUCACGAACCCCUACCUCUCCUACUUAUUACUUUAACGCCUGCCUCGUAACUUACCGGACUCGCGCACUACUGACCCGUCGUCUCACUCUCUCUCUGUCGUAG